AUGCCCCUGCAAAUCAUCCAACCUGUUCCUACACCUUCGGGUUCGGCGCAGUAUUCAGCCCUUCGAGAUUCCAUCCUCGACGAGUUUGCUGCCUCAGUUCCUCAAGAUCUCUUCUUGCCCAAAUCCAUCUUUGAAAACCCUCCCAAAAAUGUCACAGCCAUACCUAAAGAAUGUGGUUUGCUAUCUCUUGAGGAGAUAGAAAUCACGGAGGCAUACGAUGCUGUUGGUCUUGCUGCUGCCAUUGCCUCCAAGAAACUCACGGCCGUGGCUGUUGCAACUGCAUUCGCUAAAAGAGCCAUCAUCGCUCAUCAACUUACAAGUUGUCUCUCUGAGUGGUUCAUGAGUGAAGCGAUUGAGCAAGCCAAGUCUCUCGACGCCCACCUUGAAAAGACAGGCCAGACAGUCGGCCCAUUACAUGGUGUCCCCAUCAGCCUCAAAGAGCACAUCCCCUUGGCUGGUCAUUGGAGUAGCGUCGGCUACCUCGAUACCAGACGCAAGGAUGAGAACGACGCCCUCAUGGUUGCCAUUCUUCGCAAGGCUGGUGCCGUCUUUUACUGCAAGACAAACCAGCCUCAAGCUAUCAUGCACCUGGAGAGCACAUCGCCUCGUGGUCGCGUGCUCAACCCUCACAACAUUAAACUCUCCGCCGGUGGUUCUACAGGUGGCGAAGCCGCCCUGGUUGCCCUCCGAGGUUCAGUCCUAGGUGUUGGAACCGACAUCGGCGGUAGUAUCCGAGGGCCCUCUGGCUUCUGCGGCAUCUACGGCUUCAAGCCAACAUCUUAUACACUGCCUAUGAAGGACUUUCUUCCUGGUGGUUUCGGCGCAGAACUCAAUGUCCUGUGUUCCACAGGUCCAAUGUGCUCUUCGCUACGAGACAUGGACCUGCUCAUGUCAACCAUCAUAUCUGCAAAGCCCUGGAUAGGAGAUCCUCGCGUCAUCCCCAUCCCCUGGACAGGCCUCAAGACACCACAGAGUCCAUCUAAAUCUCCCCUAAAAAUCGGCUUUAUGAUGGACGAUGGAGACAUCAUCCCACAACCCCCAGUAAUCAGGGCUCUCGAUUGGGCUCGAUCAAAACUCCAAAACUCUCCCGACUUCACCCUCAAACCCUUCAAACCAUACAAAACCGCCGAGGCAAUGAAGUACAUUCGUCUCGCCUACUGGCCUGAUGGAGGCAAGACGGUCAAGGCGCACCUAGCUGUCAACGACGAGCCCAUGUUCCCCUUGACAAAGCACAUCACCCAAGACGCAGAGGGCCCUGAGCUGGGCGCCAACGACGUUCUCAAGCAGCGCCUCAUCCGGGACGAGUUCCGCUGCGACUUUUCCCUACACUGGGAAGAGCAAGACGUCGACAUCGUCAUCUGCCCCGUCUUUGUCGGCCCAGCCUGUACCCACGAGACUGCCUUUUACUGGAACUACACAGCCUUGUGGAACUAUGUCGACUAUCCCGGUGUCGUUGUACCCACGCCUAUCGAGGCGCUGGCAAAGGGACAGGAGACCUAUUCUUCGUCGACACCGCUGAGUGAGAAUUGCAAGCACGUCAGGCAACUCUGGGAGGAGGGUGACUUUGAGGGUGCACCCGUCAACCUGCAGAUCGUGGCGAGGAAAUAUCACGACAAUGACUUGUUUGCUGCCUUGGAUCAGCUGAAGGGUGUUUUGGAGUUGAAGUAG